CUAUGAGAAGAUGCCAUGGCGGCAAAAAGUUGUUUUCUACGUCAUGACUAAGCAAAGUCAAGGCACCACGUGAUGAUUUUCUUGGCAAUGAUAUUUCUGAGUUCACACAUAAUUUGGAGCCGCUUCAGCAACGAAGUGAGUAUCAUCGCCAUCCACCAUUCCCAGUAAUACGAAGAUACUGUCAAGAUGCAGAUCUUCGUCAAGACCCUCACGGGCAAGACUAUCACCCUCGAGGUGGAGUCUUCCGACACUAUUGACAAUGUCAAGUCCAAGAUUCAAGACAAAGAAGGAAUUCCGCCCGAUCAGCAGCGCCUGAUCUUCGCCGGCAAGCAACUCGAGGAUGGACGCACUCUCUCCGACUACAACAUCCAGAAGGAAUCGACACUUCAUCUCGUCCUCCGUCUCCGUGGCGGUAUCAUCGAGCCCUCCCUCAAGGCUCUUGCCUCCAAGUACAACUGCGAGAAGAUGAUCUGCCGAAAGUGCUAUGCCCGUCUGCCACCCCGAGCCACCAACUGCCGCAAGAAGAAGUGUGGACACACCAACCAACUCCGACCAAAGAAGAAGAUUAAGUAG